AUGGAUCGGCAAUUCAAAAACUUGUAUGAAAACCAUCCUGACUAUGACAUAUGGAUAACCGGCCAUUCUCUUGGAGGUGCCAUGGCAUCUUUGGCAGCACACUACAUCAAAAAUGAGUUUCAGAUCCCAGAAAAUAAGAUAAAGUUGAUAACAUUUGGACAGCCAAGAACGGGCGAUUAUGGUUACGCCCAUGCGUUUGAUGCACAGGUAGGACAUUCAGUAUCAUACAUAACGAGCUGGCAUCGGGGAUUCCACCCUGUCCCUUACUGUCCUAACCAUAUCUAAUG